AAAGUACGUGUUUCCGGCGGAAUUUGGGGGAUCGUGGAACGUUACAAUGUUAUCAUGGUGCUUUUGCUUAGGUUAUCCUUAAUUGAUCAGAUAUGGUUUUUAUUAGCAGUUUGUUUUUUCCUGGCUUGUUGUCUCCACUGUCAUACAUAUCCAUCUGGUAAAUUUGAGCGAUUCCGCUUGUACCAGUUAUUUCAGGAUAUUAUCCGAUACGGUAAAACCAAGAAGCGUUUACAACGGCCAGACUUUCUUCGUAUUUUUGACAUUCCGAAAAGAUGGUUCUUUCACUUCUACACCAUUUCAGUGAUAUGGAACAGUUUGUUAAUUUUCACCUCUCUGCGGGCACUUAUCCUGGGUGAAAGUUUUCCAGCCUGGUUGGAUCACAUGCUCACACUUCUGAGAGGCAGUCUGGGGGAUCUCCAGAAAGCCCUGUCACUGUCUGUGGUGCUGGUGCAGGUCCUGCUCUGGAUCCAUUCUCUGAGGCGUCUGCUGGAGUGCCUGUUUCUCAGCGUGUUUUCUGAUGGAGUCAUCCACUUGGCACAGUACUGCUUUGGUCUAGGAUAUUACGUCCUGCUGGGGCUGACGGCGCUGUGUGUAGACCACCUUCACUCAGGGGAUGGGUCUCUAACAGCUCAGCAUAGCUUUUGGCUCCAGUGGUACCAUGGGCCAGGAGUUCUGCUAUUCCUAUGGGCGUCCUUCCACCAGCACAAGUGUCUAGUGAUACUGGCUCGGUUGCGGACCAGUCGUUCAGGAAAAGACGCGGCUCAGCGCCACGCAGUUCCGCACGGCGACUGGUUCGAGCUGGUGUCCUGCCCUCACUACCUGGCCGAGCUGCUGAUAUACGUGUCAUUCGGCGUUUGCUCGGGAGACGGCGCUCUCACGUGGUGGCUCGUGGUGCUUUAUGUGCUCUGCAACCAGGCGCUCGCUGCACGGCUCAGCCACGAGUUCUACUGUAGCAAGUUUGCGACUUACCCAAAGCAUCGCAAAGCCUUAAUUCCUUAUCUUUUUUGAUUCGUACAGUAAAUUGCAAUCGCCACAUCA